ACGUAGACAUUAAAAGUAAUUUAUUCAGCCGUGCCCUGGACAAUUUUUUUUAAGGAUUUAAAGCUAUGCUUUACUUCUGUACAAUAGUUUCAUAUUAAAAUUUCUAAGAUGUCUACAGAAAAUAUCACUGGAGUAAUCAUUUUGAUUCUAACAAGUUUGAUUUGCCCGUGUGUUGAUGGAGCGUACUACUACUAUUCCUACAGAUCCUACUACUACUAUAGAUACUACUACUACUCCCCAUCAUCAUCGGGGGCCGUGAUUGGAGGGGUGGUUGCCGGGAUCAUCAUAUUUGCUGUCAUCGUCACUGUCGUCGCCAUCAUCAUCUGUAAACAUGCCAACAGGGGGCGGACCCUGGUCCACCAGUCCGGCGGCACUACCGUUACCGCCGUGUCAAACACCAACAAUAGCUUACCGCCACCCCCGGCCAACAAUGGAUACUACCCGCCCCCGCCUCCCACCUACAGCAGCCCGAGUUACCCUCCAUCCACCUACAGCAAUCCCGCCUAUCCACUCCCGCAGGCUGGGGCGAUGCCUGGGACAAGCGCAUAUGGUUCAGCGUUCAGCGAGGCUCCGCCCCCGACUAAGUAUUGACAACUAUACUCCGUGUAAAUACCGUAUAAAUACUCUGACCGCAAUCAAAUGCAUAGAUCUUCUUGAAUAUAUCAUUUUUCUUGACUAUAUAUGUAUUCAGUUUUACGAAUACGUAUGUAAACAAUUUCUUUUGUGAAUAAACCGCAUAAUGUUUUUUUAAUGUUGCAUAUUAUUAAUGUAAUCAUUUAAACUUUUCUAUCAUUAAUGCCCAAUAUUUAUUUUGUAAGUCAGCUUAUAUUUUUUUUAAAAGUAAAUAAUUUAAACAUUAAAACAUCAGAGUGUUUUUGGGAGGAGGAAUUUCAAAGAUUCUAUAACCAUCUGGUAACUGAAAAUUUUGUUUGAAUUAUUUUCUCUGCUAAAGACAUGUCGCUUGUCAGAGUAUAUUAAUUUUUAAUAUAUAUUUUUUAUUUGAUUUUACUAUUGUUUUAUUGUUUUCUUGUUGAUGUUCAAAUUUAUUUUAUGAUAAAUAUUUAUACCAAUC